AUGAAACUCACACUCAAUUGGACACUCUACUUGAUUUCUUUGUCAAGCCUAUUUGCCUCUUUAUGCACGGCUGAUCCACACGGAGAACUCGAUGAGUGUCGAAAGGCAUGCUCCGACUUUAUCCCACAAAUACAAAAGUUUGCACAUGGAGAGGCUCACCCACGAGAAGAGUAUGAAAAUGUUAUCAAGUAUGCUUGGACCACCUGUCAAUACAAGUGUUAUAAAUGUGCAUUAAACGAUGGUAUACGUGUCAUGAAGGGUCUCUCCGGUAUCUUUUACACCUUGAAAAAGGAACCGCCUUACGAUCAAAAGUAUACCAAUUCAUUGACUCGGACGUUGGAAAACACGACCUCCGAUUGUUAUAAUCGAUGGGAUGCUGCGAAUCAAGCUGGUGAUACCACAUCCAUAUUUUUAUAG